CAACUAUCUAUAUUAGUAUAUUGUUAACUCCCACAACCACUCGCUCUUCACACACUCUUGUAGACUUGCUUUUUGCCAAACACAGAUCAAAGCGACCACAAAAAUGACCAUGGCCACCACCAGAGUUGCCGCCAUGGUUGUUGCAGCCGCCGUAUUCUUCUCUACAUUUUACAGCGUGUCACCGCAGGCGGAGGCACCGACUCCGUCAGCUCUGGGGAAGGCACCGGCUCCGUCGUCAGGGCUGGGGGAGGGGGCACCGGCUCCGUCAGUUCUGGGGGAGGGGGCACCGGCUCCGUCUUCAGGGCUGGGGGAGGGGGCACCGGCUCCGUCAGCGUUGGCGGGGUGCAUGGACAAGCUGCUGAACUUGUCGGACUGCCUGACGUAUGUGUUGAAUGGAAGCAAUCUGACGAAGCCGGAUAAGGGUUGCUGCCCAGAGCUGGCUGGGCUGGUGGAGAGCAACGCCAUCUGCCUCUGCGUGCUGCUUGGGACCAACGUUUCUGAAAGCACUGGGAUCGCCAUUGAUGUGAAAAGGGCUCUCAAGCUUCCUUCUGUUUGUGACGUUAAAACACCCCCCGCCAGCACCUGCUCAGAACUCGGAAUCCCUAUAGGAGCUCCAACAGCGAGUGAGGGGCCUCUCUCACCAGAAGGAGCAGUUGGCGCCCCGUCACUGUCACCUGGAAACAACAACAGUGAAGCUUCAAGCAUUGCAGGGUCUGCUCUCCCAAUAACUUUUGGCAUAGCCAUUGCAUUUCUUCCAACAUUCUUCUGAUUAUAUCGAUCAAUCUUUUCUGAUUCAAUUUCAUAUUCAGAUGUUGUAACCAGAUUUAUUUAAGAAACACAAAAUGUUGUAACAGUGAGUCCUUUAAUUUGCUUAUUAAUUAGCCAAUAAUAUAUGUCGGAUCAGUUCCUUUA